AAAGUGGUUGAAGCAGAGUUCCCAAGGAUGACAAUAAACUCAACCAUCCCAACUGGAAUAUCUCUGGCAGUGGUGUUUGACCACUACAGAAUAAGAAGAGGGUGGAAAAGCCAAAACAGAAAGCCUGUCAACCUGUUCUUCAUGUCUGGCACAGGAAUGACUAAAGCAAUAUGGCAAUACCAUAUCAAGAGACUGUUUCAAUACUCUGAAGAACAUGAAGAUUUACCAUGGCAAUUGAAUAAUGUUAUAGCAGUGGACUUGGUAAAUCAUGGUGAAAGUGCUGUUGAAAAUACAGGAAGGCUCGGGUUUGUUGUAGAUUGGAGAGAAGGUGCACAUGACUUGAUACAAGUUGCAAAAAGUUUGAGGUUACAAGGUACCAAUGUCGUUGUUGGUCAUUCUAUGGGAGGCUUUCAAGCUCUUCAUGCUUCCACAUUAGCACCUUUGAUGUUUCAACAUGCUGUUGUUAUAGAACCAGUGAUUUAUGGGGACCCUGAAUCUUCUGCAAGGCUGGAUAGAAUGAUUCCUUCGUUGAACAAAGUUAUCAAAUCAAGAUUCAAAAAUGAGCAAGAGUUUGAUCAUUUUUUCAAAAAUCAAAGUAUCUUCAAAAACUUCAACAGUGAAAUACUGGAUGAUUUUAUUGAGUCUGAAAAAUUAGUUCACAGGGAUGGAACUGUUAGUGCUAAAACCUCAAAAGAACAACAAUUGAUUUGUUAUAUGAAUGCAUCUUCUGCUGUUAGAUUGUGGAGAGAAAUUUUGUCUAACGUUACAAUUCCUGUGAUUCAUGUUAUUGGUUCUGCAGCUACAUGGAAUCCACCACAAAGUGUGAAAGAGGUCAGACAGUUAUUGAAACACGUUAAAGGGGUUGAUAUUGAAGGUGGUCUACACUUGGUCAAUUGCGAAAAACCUGACACGAUUGUUGACAUUCUG